UUUCGCAGCAUGGAACCUACCCGUAGAGAUUCUAUCCUUAGAGCAUUGAAUGAAGAUGGCCAAAAGUUAGUUGAUGAAGGUGACCCCAAUGACCCCGAUCUAAAGAGACUUCAAGAAGAAAUCAAAUAUUGUAACAAACUGUUUGAAGAUUUCCUUAGGAGGUUAAAAGAUGAAGAAGCUGACAAGUCCUCAAGCCGUAAAUUUAAUGAUUUGUCGGCCUCUCUUCAAAAUGAUCUCAAUGAAAAAGACAAGAUCUUAAAGGGCCGAGUGCAGGAAUCCAUUCCGAGAGACUUGGAAUCACUAGAAACCCUGGUUUUCCAACAUAAGGUUAGAAAUAUUGUGUGA